CACGGGUCUGUUGUGUCGGGGUAAGGAGUACAAUCGAUCGAAGCACACAGGCGAACCCAUACCUUCAUGUUUAAAAAUUCAUAACAAGAUACCUAGUGUGUAUUGGAAUUUGAGGUUAUGAGAAAUAGGAAGACCUGUUGUCAAGGCAUUGUGAAAAAUUAUUGUCACGUUGAUUUAUUAGCAAGUUCUUGCAUGAGGUCAUAAAGCACUUGCAUGCCGAUGAAUCAAUGGUGAAAUUGAUGUUGCAACUUAAUAAUCACAUGAACCACAUCAAAGUCAGUCUGUUUAUUGCGUAACAAGCAAUCAGGCAACAACUGAAGAAGAAAAUAUAGAAAUAAAGUUUAUUUUGUCCUUCGUUUCAAGGGCGGAAAUGUCGCCUUGUUCGGCAGUAAGAAAAAACGAUCAGUCAAAAUAUGUCCAUUAAAAUGCCGAUGAGGUAAUCACACCUACCAUAAGUCGUGCAUUGGAAAUGUUUGAAGGUUAAAAGUUUAUUGAUCGUGUAGGAUGUUCAGAUUGUAAGCUCCAUAUCACCCAGAACAGUAGAUUCAUAACAGAUCAUUUCCCGCGGGAAGGCAGCUGCCUCAGAAAUUCGCGUCGUAGGUCUGCCAUCAUGUUUAUCUUUCUCUUGAUUAAUGUGGUGCUGGACUGCCAUUAGGAGAGAGCCACGAGGCAUGGCUGUGAAGGCGACCACACUCUGCCAAAUGCCAGUCCCAGCAGCAGCGCUAAAGUAGAGGUGUGUCUGCCUGUCUCAUGGGGUCUGAAGUCGCCGCCUGAAGAUGCUGUGGCAGAUGCACGUCAGUCCCUGUGGGGGUUGACUCGCCAUGGGUUCUGAAGUGACUGGCUAGAACUACCAUGGAUGUUAGUACACCGGACAGGGGGGUCCCGAGGCCCCCCGCGUCCCUGUUGCACCCCGCGCCGGCCCCAAGCCUGCCGGUGUUGUCGGUGUCGGGUGUUGGCGCGGCGCCCCCCGCCUCGGCCGCCGUCAAGGGCGCGCCCACUGGCAGGAUCGUCCUUACGCCAGGGGGGCGGAAGGUGACACAUCCCGUCAUAUCGCCCACCUGCAGGCACAACGCCAUCACGACCAGCUCGCCGUCGGCCUCGGCGGCAGUGCGAAGAAGCAGCGUCACGACCCCGAGUGCCACCUCCCCAAGGUCUCCCUCCAGCAGGACGAGCGCCGGCGUCAGCACGUCCUCCGCGAGCCCCGGCGGCGCCCCCCUGCUGACCACCUCGGCGUCUUCAACAGGACUGCGUAAGCCAUCUGCCAAGCAACCAGAAGCAGAAAGCCAGUCUAGCUGAACUAGCCAAUUCCGAAUAGCAACUAGCCACCAACAGCCGAGGACCAGGCCAGCCGAAUUCGCCGAUUCCAACUAGCCACUAGCCACCAACUAGCCCGUGGGACGUAGGACGUCGCGGCGGCGGGAGAGGCGGAGGCGCGGGAGAGGCAGCCUUGUCCCGGCAAUCAAUGGGAAAAGGAGAAAAGGGAGGAAGAGAAGGAGCAGAAGAAGAAAGAGAAGAGGAAGGAAGAUGGAGGAAGAAGAAGAAGAUGAAGAAGAAGAAGAAGAAGAAGAAGAAGAAGAAGAAGAAGAAGAAGAAGAAGAAGAAGAAGAAGAAGAAGAAGAAGAAGAAGAAGAAAAGAAGAAAGAAAGAAAGAAAGAAAGAGGAAAACGUGCAAUCAAGAAGAGAAGAAGAAAACAUAAAAAGAAUGAAAAUGACGCCAAGAAUCCAUUUUGUUUUCGCCUUUCCAUUAUUUGGACUGGCAAAAUCACCUCCAAGUUUUCCUGCUUAAACAGAACAUCAAGUUGAGCUUUUAAUUUUAAAUCUAAAUGCAAAUUAUAGUUAAAUAAUAAUGUAAAGCAUACAAAAACAGAUAGCUGCUAUUUUACAAGAAAUAAUGAAUAUGAUUAAUACAUUUUGAUUAAGAAUGAAUUGUUAAUUAAAUAAAUCCUGACAAGUGUUUAUAAAGCAAUAGAAGCACAUUCAAAGCAGACGGAAUGUUGCUGCACAGAAAUCUAACGAGAAUAUUUAUUAUUUAAGUUUCAAAUCCGAUGCUGAAUCUAACGUGCGCCAGUCCCUACUAAGGCUGCCCCCGCCCGCCAAACCUGACGGACUGUUUGUUUAGAAGAAUGGAUCAAGGGA